GACCCCAAAUGGAGCACCCAGUGUAGGAGGACCCCCAAGAAACAGAGACCCCAAAUGGAGCACCCAGUGCUGGAGGAGCCCCAAGAAACAGAGACCCCAAAUGGAGCACCCAGUGCUGGAGGAGCCCCAAGAAUCGGAGACCCCAAAUGGAGCACCCAGUGUAGGAGGAGCCCCAAGAAACAGAGACCCCAAACGGAUUGCCCAGCCCUGGAGAUCCCCAAGCAUGGGGGACCCCACAUGGCCCACCCGGUGCUGCAGGACCCCCACGGGCACCGAGAGAGGAGCACCACCCCAUAGGGCCGUGUGCCCCACAGGUGGGAUUUCGGGGUCGCCCACCCAACCUGGCGGCCAUCGGCCCCACUGACACCGGCGACCUUCGCUCUCCGCUCCCAACUGCGCCACGACGGGGGGAGCUCCGACCAAAACAAGCACAGGAGAUCCUUGGGGGGGGGGGUUAAGGGGGGGAACACGGCCCCUUCCCAUAGGGAUUCCCUCCCCCAUAGGGAUACAUGUCGGUGUAGAGUGAGGAAGGGAUGAAGACCCCCCCCCAGCCGGAGCUCCCUCCUCUUCCUCGUGCCGCUCGCCCCGCACGCCCGCGUGCCCCCCCGGCUAAAUUUAGGCAGAUCUAUUUCAACACCCGUCCCGCAGCGGGGGGAGGACGGAGCAAAGGUUUGCAGCUGGAUGAAGUCAGGCCGGGCCAGAGGGUGAGCAACCCCCGGCUCUGCAUGGAUUGCAAUGGGGAAAGCCAGCUGCAGUAAGAGCCCGGCGCAGUUGGAGCACGGCCUCUUCCUCCAGGCUCUCCUCCUCCUCCUCCUGCUCUGCUGCAGGCAUGUGUCUUCCCAGUGCAAGAUCCUGCGCUGCAACUCCGACUUCGUGGCAGCCACGCUCAACCUGCGCGGUGCCGCCCGCGCCUCCGCCUACUGCACAGCGCUGCGCUCCUACUCGCACUGCACGCGGCGCACGGCGCGCACCUGCCGCGGCGACCUGGCCUUCCACUCGGCCGUGCACGGCAUCGAGGACCUGAUGAUCCAACACAACUGCUCCAAGGACGGCCCCACCUCACCCCCCCGGCCGCGGCCGCCGGCUCCGGAUCACCAAAGCUUCCCAGCUUCGGAGAUGUGCGACUACGAGAAGACGUUCCGCUCCAAACAUGGCCGCCCUCCGCGCUACCGGCACUGCGCCGCCUUCGGGGACCCCCACGUGCGGACGUUCCACGAUGACUUCCACACGUGUCGGGUGGAGGGAGCCUGGCCUCUGCUGGACAACGAGUACCUCUUUGUGCAAGCCACCAGCGCGCCCGUGGCCGAGGGCUCCAACGCCACCGUCACCAGCAAGCUCACCAUCAUCUUCAAGCACAUGAAGGAGUGCACGGAGCAGAAGGUGUACCGCGCCGAGCUGGACAACGUGCCCGCAGCCUUCGAGGACGGCUCCGUGACGGGGGGCGAUCGGCCCGGGGGGGGCGCGCUGCACAUCCGCGAGCGCAGCCCGGGGCGCCACGUGGAGAUCCGCGCUCCGUACAUCGGCACCACCAUCGCGGUGCGCCAGGCUGCCCGGCAGCUCUCCUUCUCCAUCCGCGCUGCCGAGGAGGUGACCCGCGCCUUCACGGCGGAGCAGGACCUGCAGCUGUGCGUGGCCGGCUGUCCCCGAGGCCAACGCAUCUCCCGCAGCGUGCGCAGCCGGGCGGCGGCUCAGGCGGCGCGGGCGCUCUGCAAAGCCACCCUGCCGGUGGAGGACGUCUAUUUCCAGUCGUGCGUAUUCGACGUGGCCACAUCCGGAGACGCCAACUUCACCAUGGCGGCUCGCGGGGCGCUGGAGGACGCCAGGGAUUUCCUGCCCGACGUGGAGAAGCUGCACAUCUUCCAGGCCGGGCAGGGCUGCCCGCGCGCUCCUCCGUCCUUCCCCGUCCUCCUCCUCCUCCUCCUCUGCGGUCUCUGCGCUCUCUGGUUACAGCUGUGACCCCCGGCGGUUCCUGUGGCCCUUUUGUCGGCACUUGUCGGCUUUUCGUGACCCUCGUUGGCACUGGUGGAUGUUAUGGGUGCUGGAGACCCUUUGGUUGGCAUCGGUGACCCUUUGGUUGGCAUCGGUGACCCUUUGGUUGGCAUCGGUGACCC